AUGGACUUCGAUCCCUUAGACGAGUACCUCUCCUCGUCAUCAUCCGCUUAUUCCUCUGGUGAUGACGUCGACACGGAGAACGUCGCCGGCAGCGGGAGCGAGGACCACGGCGGAACUGGAGGAGGCGGCAUGAAACCGCCCCGCAGCAAAGCUUCAGCCUCGAGAAAGCCGACAGAAAAGGUGGCACCGGCGACACGACGAGGUUCGAUAGCAACCGUAAGCGAACCCACGAAAGAAGAGCUGAAGGCACGGUCGAGCUAUCGACGCGACGUGAGGGCGCGGAAGAGGGAUCUCCGACAACGCCGACAACAGAUGACGCAGAGGCGGAGGGCCUUCAACGCAGCUGCUCUGGCGGCCGAGGAGGACGAGAGGGAGGCCGGAUUGGCGGCUGCGGCUCAAGCGGCCGCGGCAGAGGCAGAGGCGGCGGAAGCGAGAAGCAGACCCGUGCAGGUGGACGUCUCGAAGCUCGCGCACUUCCGCUACUCCAAGGUUAAGGGCACGCUGGCACUGGGCAGUGAGGAGGACUGGGUCAGCGACGGCCUCUACGAAGGGUCUUCGAUGGCAGCCUCCGACGCUGCCCACGGUGAAGACCUUCCUGCAGAGUUCUACGGUUCGGGGGCGCGACCCCGAUUCUACGACUUGUACCGCCUGGUGCAUCGCCAAAAACAAACGGUGGACGAUGACGAAGCUCUCGAAGAGUCGGAGUUCACACCACGGAGGCUGUUCCUCCGGGACACGCUAGCGAGAGGAAUAACGCCGUCACCCACCAUGAUGCGGAACAGGAAAGACCCGCACACCCUCGAUUUAGGAUUUCAGGGCUUGGGAGACCAAAUUGGGCUCUCUCUCGCGACCACUCUCCCCCUCCUGCCCAACCUAGCUUCUCUGAAUCUCAGAGAGAAUCGCCUCACGGACGCCUCCUUGAACAACAUCCUCGCUGAGGCCGUCAGGCUCGAGUGCCUCACGUCGCUCGAUCUCUCGUGCAACAAGAUCGACCACAGCGCACUGGUUCUCCGGGAGUAUGUCGCUUCUGCGAGGUGUAAAUUGCAGCGGCUCUCGUUGUCGAACGCGGACGUGGAUGAUGACGAGUGCAACUCUCUCAUGGAGGCUCUUGCGGGGAACGUUUCUGUGAAGGCGCUGGACCUCAGCCACAACAUGAUCGGCGACAAGGAGACGUACAACUUCGUCCGACCAGACUACACCACAGGGGGGGAGGCGGUUGCCGAAAUGAUCGAGACAAACACCACCCUUUGGAGCCUGGAUCUAAGCUGGAACAGCGUGAGAAUGGCGAGCGGCGUGUCCCUUGGUGAAUCUCUGGCGCACAACAGCGCGCUUACCGAGCUAAAUGUCGCGCACAACAGCCUCGCCGAUGCUGGCGUGCAAGCGAUCGCGCAAUCUCUGCGGUCCAACGGAAGCCUGAGGCUGCUGGAUAUCUCGUUCAACAACAUGAGGCCGAGGUCCGCAAUGGUUCUCGCCAACGCGCUGCUUGACAACACAUCCCUCGACCACCUUAUGAUGAGCCACAACAACGUCGGGCGCAGAGGUGCGACCGCCGUUUUCAUGGCCCUACGGCAGAGAGCCCAGGACGGAGCGGAGCUUCUCGUGGACCUUCAGAGCUGCGAGCUGGGGUCGGACGCGGGGGACGACCUGUUCGACAUGCACAACCCGUCCGGCAGAUACGAGCUUGACAUGUCGAAACCGUACGACUACAUGGUGGCCCGUAUGCUUUUAAACAUCGCCAACAAGAGCGAGGGCCUGGAACUGUCCACCGUGGAGCACACGUCCGGAGAGAGAGGGAUGUGGAAACCCGUGGUCCUUGCACGGCGUACCCCCACUUCCUCGCACAAGAACGGAGGCAAUAACUUCCAGCCUUCGGAGAGCUUUGGCGAAAAGAUUCUGGGGGCUGGCGGGGGCGGAGGAGACUGGCGAGUGCCGGCGGCGGCUUUGCUCACCUGCUCUGCCGAGGGUGAAUCUGGACGGGAGGCCAAGCCAGAAGAACUUGAGAGCUUCUUUCGAGAGCUCGGGCUGGAGCCGACGCCAAUGAUUGUCGAAAGGGUCCUCAGCAAGGGAACGAGCCCGCAGCUGCUGCAAGUGAGGAUGGGAGAGGUGGCGAUGGCGACACCGCGGGACUCGCUCCAGACCCAGCUGAUGGGCCCGGGCGCUCAAGACGUUGCUUCAGAAUCGGUCGACAGCCGCCCUUCAACCCCGCGAAGACCGGCCAGUGCAGCCCGGAAGCGGCGCGUUCCAACCGCCGGCUUGAGCAAGAGCUCCAGAGACGAUCCGUUCGACGGAAGGAGCAGCGACUGUAGCAGCAGCACCGUCGCGAAGAGCAGCAGAAGCAGGGACGGCCUGAAGACGCCCUUCGACAUGGCCAAGCACGUCUUCCACCUGCUCUUUCUAGAGGUGGACCUGGACCGGUCCGGAUGCAUCGACAACAAGGAGUUCGGGGAGAUGCUGCUGCAGCUGGGGAAGAACAUCGGGCCCGACGUCGCGCGCCACUGUAUCGUCAGCUACGACAUCGACCGAAGCAACACCAUCGAAGCCGACGAGUUCGUCGAUUUCAUGACCCAUGAGUUCCUUGCGCCGGCCCUGCCCUCUCCCGGAGUGCUCUGCGAGACCUCGGGCAACCGUGCGUGGACCAUCCCCAGGGAGGGCCGGUUGCGGAUGACGGUUUUGGCGGACUAUGUCGCCCCCGCUCCUAUCGAGGUGGCCUCUCAGGAAGCUGUCGACUCGCUCAUCUCCAACAUCAGAUACUCGGCAAAGACAGAGCAAGACAGGCUGGAGAUGUUUCAGCUAGCGACGGAGGGCACCGACUUCUACAUGACGAGUCUCAACGCCCAGGCUUUGAUAGACGAGUGGAACAACGGCAUGAAUCUCGUCGACAUCCUGGAGAUAUUACUGCCACAGAUGUCAUCAGAUCGGAACGUGGUGUCUCUUAUCGAGAACAACUUAACCUACGCGCAGAAGCUGGAGCUGAGGAGCAAACUUGGCCAGGCCUGGGGCCCUCUCGUGGGCAACCCGACCGGUUCGUACUGCCUGGAUAUGUCGGACAGGAAGCACCUUAUCGCUGCGAAGCGGCUGGCCAUGAUCAACCACGCGGAAAAGGGCCACGGGAUCUCGGGAGCGGCGGGAAGGCAUGACACAAGCCAGAGGGGCUACUGGAACAACUUCCGCAACGAAACCUUUAACGGCCUUCCGUUUGCCGGUCGAGGAAUGGAGGGGCGCUGGUUCGUGAACAAUCCUCCGAAGGGGAAGGUGCGGCUGGACUACGUCUCAACGACUCGCCCCUUCCCGGGGACCAGGCCUCUCAGCGACCGCCGGUUCAGACAGGCAAGAAAGAGCGCGGUUUCUCGGGCCAAGCAGAAAGUACCCAAAGUCACCAUGGGAACGGGUACGGCUACAGCAGCCGGGGAGUCCUUGCUUUGUUCACCCCGCGUAGUGCUCAAACCGCUCACCAUGAUCCCAGCGCUGCCCCAAGUGGAAGGAGAAGGCGGCGGCGUUCGUGGGGACCGGUCGUUUCGGAGUAGAAGCCCCGAUCAAGGAUCGUCGAGUUUAGAGUCCGCGAUUCUGCGGGAGAUGGAGGCCGUGCACGCCAUGGUGAAGGAAGGGCUGCUGAGGUCAAUCACGCCCGAUCAGAUUUUGGCCUUCCACGCCGAGUAUCAUGUUUCGAGCAAAUCCGAGCGAAGACGAGCGUGGGCCAUCGUCGAACUUGGCCACCCUCUUGUGCCCGACGAAGACGUGGAAAUCGGUCCUCGCGGUUCGGUACUAUCGGGAGAAAGCAAAGGAAGUGAGGGCGGCGACAGGGCAGGUUCUCCCCCCGGCGGUGAACUCCCGCCAGACCCCAAGGGUGAAGAUCCGCCUAAUGAAGAGGUGGACGGCGAUCGGGGGGACCAAAAGCAAAACGAGCUCCAUGACGAUCUAGGCGUAGGGAAUGCGGUUGUGAGAGCGGCAUCGCCAAUAGCAGCACCCGGAUCCGGAAAGAAUGAGCCCCCCGACUUGACGGAGUCGAAGCCUAGCUUCGGUGACAAGCAAAAACCGCUGUAUCACAUGCCGCUCAAGUGGCGAAAGGUCAUCGGCAAGCCUCAGUAUGUGCAAGACUAUAAGCUGGCCCUGAGUAAGCUGUGCGAGCUUAAGGUGCAGGUGCUUCAUCACUGGCUCACGGCGAAGCAGGUGAUCACGACCAUGAACUUUUUUCCGAGAUGCGACUUCCUCCGGGUCAUUGUCGCCACCACGCUCUUCGGGCGCCUGGUCGAUCUGGAGGACACCGAUCUAAUUUUGGACGAGUUUACGCAAGCUGAGUCCGACGAGUUUCUGUGGAGGAUAGGCCCCCUAAAUGUUUACAAUCCCAAGAAGCCCGACCGCACCUACGACUUAGACCUCGCGCAUCGAGACGAUCGGGAGGUGUGCAAGGUAUUGGCUAGACUAGCGGUGGGUGAGCCCGGCGAAAAUUGGGUGAACGAGGAGUACAGCUGGUCCUACGCGCAAAGGCCCGUCCCAGGCUGGGAAUUGCCAAUGAGUUGGACCACGCCCGACAGCGCGCACAACGGCGGGCCUAGGCACUGCGGUCGCUUGACCCUACGCUACAGCUCAGAUCCGGCCACGGGGUGCGCGCCGAAGUGGAAGCUGAGAGAGACGCUCAUGGCACAUGUUUUAGCAGGGGAUAACCCUCACAAACUACGGUGA